CAGUUCUUCCUGCUCAAUAAAUAUCUGCAACUGAUAUUGAUUAAAAGCAAACAAGGACAAGGAACCGGAAAAGCAUCUGGAAAAUCACCACAAACAGCAAUAGAGGGCAGCAGCCAGCUUAGUCCCCCACAUUCAGGCAACAUCAACUAUAAGUUGAACGAAACAAUAAAUCUAUUUUCCUUUCAAUAUUGUUGUAGAUGUAUGUGUAAGACAUUGCCAGUAGCGUGCUUGUGUUUGUGUACUCCCAGGAUAUGCUAAGGAAAAAAAUGUAAGAAUGAAGCAAUUCGUUGGAUACUCUGUAAAUGAUAAAGGCCCAACACACGCAUCUACAGGGAAAACCAGCAUAGAAAGUCGAAUGAUUUAUCUGUAACUUUCCCAAAGCAAGUCGAUUUCAGUCAUUCAUGCCAAUCACAUUGCAACGUUUAGUAAGACAGCAUUGCUCUGCAGCAUCGAAAACAACAGAAAUUCCAUUGAGGCAAGAGGGACCAUAGUAUCAAUAAUAGCAUCCUCUCUAUCCCAAAGAGAAAGUGAAGGGGGAAAAAAGAAAAAAUCAGCCAACUCCAAUAUUUUCCAUCCGGUCUUUAUCCUUGCUUGCCUGAGAAUACCAAAAAUGCUGUUUUAUCCUUGAAUGCGAAUACAGAAUAUGUUGCUGCAAAGUCUACAGAGCUUCCACCAAUCAAUCCCAGUGACUUUUCGGCCCAGCCAAAAGGCAGCAAACAUUCAUCCAACCAUCCAUUCAUCCAUACCCCUGAGAAGUUAUCUUCCAUAAAAACCAAAUGUUGCUGCUGCAAAACUUAUAAGGACCACAUAACAAAAACCAAAAGGGAGGAACCUGAGCUCUAUACAAACAAUAAUAAAAUCCAACUAAAGCCAUGGUGCAAAAGCAAAAAGAAACUGAGAAAAAACUAUAGAAUUUCGGCAACAUUCUGGCAAAUAAGUGGGAAAGGCAAGAACGAUUGCGAUUUUGCCUCCAACAAUCGUCCUCAUAAUGAUAAACGUAUGCCGUUACUCUUCCAAAGGACCAACUCUCUGCGGUAGUGGUGGCGAUAGUGAUAUUAUGACAUUGCUUACUAUGCGAGCCACUGCCAUUGUAAUGGCCCAAAUCGACCACAAAACUUGCGAUAUGAUGAUGAUGAUGAAAAGUAUAUCCCUAAAAGACAGACGAAUGGCAGCCAGAACUGCCACAUAGAGCAUAUGAGAGCAGUGAAUAGGAGGGCAAAGUGUUUGUGUUACCACAAAACGUUUGCCGCAAACGAAAACCCGUUACAAAAUAUCAUAAAUAACACUCAACAACAAUAGCAAAAAAAAAAAACAAAAAACAAAACCGAAAAUCAUAAAAAAUAGAAGUAACAAAAUCCAAAACAUUUUCGGCACAACGGCUUCCAAACGCACCACAGUUGCAACCUAACCAAAAUAACUCUACCCCAUUCUUCCAAUUCCAUCCAUAAACUCCUGACGAAGCCCAGCUACAGGCCCUCAGCUACAAACUCUUGCCAAGUGAUAAAUUCCUUUGGUCUUUUGCAACAAAAACUCCAAAGCGGAGGACUAUAGGAGUUGUAUUUUUUUAGUUUGGCUUUCUUUUUUAUGUUGCCACCAUGACUUCCAUGGAGGAUACCAAUUCAACAACAUCCGGCAAUUUCAUUGACAUCACCUCAUCUCAGGAUGACUAUUUCCGUUUGUACGAUGCCAGUCUGGACGAAGAGUUGGAGAUGGGUGCUGGCAACAGUGAGAGCGGUGAUGUUGGCAACCUAAUUGUUGGCAUCUGGAAUGUCGCCAAUAAUCAAAGCAAUACAACAACGACUUCACUGCUCGACUAUGGCCAGAGCGGUGGAGAGGAGGACUCAACUUCCAGCAAUCUCAUGGCCACCUGGUCCAGUACAUCUGCUUCGACGCUAGUAAAUGCCGCACCACCUGCCUCUCUGCUAACAUCGGCCUCUUCAACGGCCACCCUAAAUAAUCCCAGUAUAGCGUCCAAUAAUAGCCUGCUCGACUUUGAUACCACAGUUGCAUCCUACACAUUUUCAUCAUCACCUGCAUCGGCUGCUGACUAUUAUGGCGGCGGCGGCGGCAGCAGCAGCAUGAGCAGUCUAAAUGCCACCGAUAGCAUAGAUGUCCUACAGACCUUUGAUGGUUUAACACUUUACGAAGCCAAUGACACCUCGUGGAAUUAUUUCUAUUCAAGCAUAGCCGCUGCCCAGGCCUCCUCAUCACCCUCAGCAUCACCAUCAUCAGCCUCAUCGUCCUCUGCCGCCUCACCGUCAUCGCCCUCCGCCGCCACUUCAUAUUUCUUCUCAUCUGCCGCACUGGCCCCCACAACGGUCAGUGACAUAUCUUCGGGGAGCUCAGUAUCCUCGGCUGCCACUGCCACUGUAUUGUCCGCAGCUGCCUCUGAGGUUAGCAAUUAUGGGGAUGAUGGCGAUAUAGCUUUGAUCGAUAGUGCGGAAACGCUAAUGGCCGGUGAGACUGAUUAUGAUAUACUAGGCUUUAAUGGCCACGGCGGUGGCCUGGAGGUGUUGGUCAGUGAUUUAACUAACCCCCUAAAUGAGACAGCCUCCUCCUCCUCCUCCACGACAACGUCAGCGACAGCCACUCGUGUGUUGCAUCAUCUGCUGGGGGCCAAUGAGCGUCUGAAGGAUAGCAGCAGCAGUUCGGAGAACUAUGGCUCCCGCACCGAUGGUGAUGCGAAUGGUGGUGGCUUUUUUGUCCUGCAAACCGAUUUAGUGAGUGAAUAUUUUCCAUUUAGCUACAAUGUCACAACAACGACUGAUUUUCCCUACGACAUGAACACCAUGGACCCAAUGAAUUGCACCCUGAUGAAUAGAACCUGCGACAGUGAAAUUGAUUCAAUAGGCCUUAAUUAUUGGGCACUUUUAUUAAUAGUUUUUCCAAUUUUCACAUUAUUUGGCAAUAUAUUAGUGAUAAUGUCUGUGUUUCGUGAACGCUCCUUGCAGACGGUAACAAAUUAUUUCAUCGUUUCACUGGCAAUAGCAGAUCUCUUAGUAGCUGUAGUUGUGAUGCCAUUUGGUGUCUAUGUAGCGGUAAACAGAUCAUGGGGCUUACCAUUUGUUGUGUGUGAUUUUUAUAUAGCAAUGGAUGUGAUAUGUUCCACCUCAUCGAUUUUUAAUUUAGUUGCAAUAUCAGUAGACAGAUAUAUCGCUGUGACACAACCAAUAAAAUAUGCCAAGCAUCGGAACAGUCGACGUGUCUGUUUAACCAUUGUCCUUGUGUGGGCCAUAUCAGCCGCCAUCGGUUUUCCCAUAGUCUUAGGUCUCAAUCAUACGCCGGAUCGUGAUCCCACAGUCUGUAUAUUCUACAAUGAUGACUUCAUAGUCUACUCAUCGUUAAGUUCAUUCUAUAUACCAUGCAUAAUGAUGGUCUUUUUAUAUUGGCACAUAUUUUCGGCCUUGCGAAGUCGAGCCCGUAAACAAAGGGCGGCAAGAAAACCUCACAUUUCAGAGCUGACGGGCGGAAGUGUCAUAGAGAAUAUUGCACAGACACGGAGAUUAGCGGAAACUGCAUUGGACACCAGUAGGCAGGGUGUGCGCAUAAUGCCCGAUGAACCCGCAACGAACACUGGAUCCGGGUCGAACGAGGAGGAGGAUGAGAAUGCCAUAUCGCCAGACAUUGAUGAUUGCCAUGUAAUUGUCAACGAUAAAUCCACCGAAUUUAUGCUUGCCACCGUGGUGGAGGAGACGGGCAAAUGCAGCGUGGUGGCGCAAAUCACAACACAACCGCAUCUUAUGGUGGCGGAUUCAAAUGGUAAUCAUGAUUCUGGUUAUGCACCAUCAAACGUUGACGAUGUCCUUACAGGAAUUGCUGAAGACUCCUCACCACCCGAUAGUCCGGUGGCCAGUGGGACAUUGCAACGAUCGGCCAUUAGCAGUAGGCGUAACACGGGCGAUGUCUCACCAAAACGGGAAAAUGCUUUAACAGCUGCCAUGAAACCAUUAUCGUUUAUGCGAUACGGAGUACAGGAAAGCACGGCACUGUCACGCAACGAUUCCACCCUAUCGGCAACAUCGAAAUCUUCCUCUCGCAAGGAUAAGAAGAACAUUCAGGCAUCCAGAUUUACGAUAUACAAAGUACACAAAGCUUCAAAAAAGAAACGUGAAAAAACCUCAGCGAAAAAGGAAAGGAAAGCAACAAAAACGCUCGCAAUUGUUUUGGGUGUCUUUCUUAUAUGCUGGGUACCCUUCUUUACCUUAGGUGUCUAUGGGGCCUUGUGUAAUAAAUUCCAAAUUGAUUGCGAUCCAGGCUUUUUGGCUUUCACACUGACCACCUGGUUGGGUUACAUGAAUAGCUUUGUGAAUCCCAUCAUCUAUACGAUAUUCAAUCCAGAAUUUCGCAAAGCUUUCAAAAAGAUUUUGCAUUUAGGGUGAUUAAAAUUACAGUCAAAGUUAAAGUCCAUGAGUUCAUGGAGUCGUCGUGUUAAACAACUUCAGUCAUGCUACAAUAUCAGCCUAAGUAGUAAGUUAAAUAAUAAUACUAAUAAGAAUCAACCACAAAAAGAACAUUGCCAUUGUUAUCAAAAUUAUCAAAGUCGUAAUCAUCGUCAUCAUCAUCAUUGUCAUCAUUACCAUCAGCAACAUCCUUAUGGUCUUGGUUGUUAUGGGCCAGGCUUAAUGUUAAGAUAUUUCUUUUAGUUAUUUAGUAAAAAU